UAUCCCACCACUCUGCUGUGCAUCUAUGGGUUCUUCGAUACAGUGAAACCUCCUGUACCCUUCAUCUACCCUUACCUGACUGGUCCAAACAAAAACCUGAUGGUGGAACAGGUGACCAACGAGAUCUACCCUGUGUGGACCUACUCCUACCUGGCUGUGAUGGUGCCAGUCUUCCUGCUCACCGAUUGGCUGCGCUACAAGCCCGUCGUGGUGUUUCAGUGCAUCAACCUCUUCAUAACCUGGGCGAUGAUGCUAUUGGUGCAGGUGGUGGCAGCCUUUAAGGCGAUGCAGUUCUUCUAUGGCGUGAAGUCGGCCUGUGAGGUGGCCUACUUCUCAUACAUCUACAGCAUAGUGGACAUGAAACACUACAGCAAGGCUACAUCCUACUGCCGUAGUGUACAGCUGCUAGGCUACAAGGUGGGCUCUGUGCUGGGACAGCUGCUGGUCUGUUUCAGCCUCAUGUAUUACAACAAUAACAUCUUGGUAUUUAAUCUGGUGAUGAUCUCCAUUGACCUGGUGACUUCCCUCUUCCUGCCCAUGUUCUUCCAUCAGAGUCAAAGUGAACCACCACAGACCCCAGAAGGAGGUAACAGGUGUGCAGGUGAUGUGUCCACUGAGGGGCCAGUGAGGGCUAGGAGCUGCAGCCAAGUUUUCCUGCUGCUGUUGGAAAGACUUUCUCCAGUGCUACUCCACCAGGGCACUGCUGUACUGGUCAGUGUGGUGGGUACUAGCUACCUGUGGCUACAAUGA